AUAGGUUAUGAAAUGACUGUUUUACAGCUCGGCUUAAAAAAAAAUUGCAGUUUGCGAUCAGUGAAUUCGUUGUUUGUUCGUUAUUGUAGCGAAUCAUGUCGCCAAUUUCCUACAUUAAAGACUACAAAUGCAUCGAGCAUGAAAAGGGGUAGCGGUGGCAGGUGCAGUUUCAACGGAAUUGUAGCUACUUUGUUCGGCACAUCUGGAUUCCUGGGCAGGUAUGUUUGCAAUAAGUUGGGCAAAUCUGGCACUCAGAUGAUACUUCCCUACCGGGGAGAUUUUUACGGUAUGCGUUUCUUAAAGGUCUGUGGAGAUUUGGGCCAAAUCAUUUUUCGCCCAUACCACUUAUUCGAUGAGAAUUCUAUACGUGAGGCAAUGAAGUAUUCCAACGUCGUUGUAAACAUGGUCGGUAGAGAAUGGGAGACAAAAAACUUCUCAUUUGAUUGUGUACAUGCAAAAGGUCCCCAGAUAAUUGCACGGUUAGCAAAAGAAUGUGGUGUCCAAACUUUUAUCCACGUUUCUGCCCUAAAUGCUAGUCCUAAUCCGAAAGAGUAUAUGUUGAAAGGAGGAUCGAAUUUCUUGAAAAGCAAGUACCUCGGUGAGGAAUUGGUCAGAGAGGAGUUUCCUGAAGCAAUAAUAUUCCGACCUUCCGAUAUAUACGGACAAGAAGACAGAUUUCUGAGGUACUAUUGCAGCUUCGGGCGUCAUAUGGGAAAGUGGAUGCCACUGUAUAAAAAAGGGGAACAGACAGAGAAGCAACCGGUUUAUGUACAAGAUGUUGCAGAUGGAAUUGUAGCAGCUUGUAUUGAUAAAAAUGCGAGAGGUAAAACAUACCAAGCAGUUGGACCAUCCAGGUACUUACUUUCCGAGUUGCUAGAUUGGUUUCAUAGGAUCAUGAACAAAACCGAAGCUUGGGGUUAUAGAAGAUAUUCAAUGGAAAAAGACCCUUUUUUCAAGAUGAUAAUUACGUACCUACCAUAUUGUACCUUGGGUUGGCCAAUUGGAAACCUGCAUUGGGAAAAAAUUGAAAAAGAAUGUCAUUCAGAUGAAGUAAAAGAUGAUUUACCGACCCUGAAGGACUUGGGUGUGAAAUUGACACACAUGGAGGAUCAGGUGCCAUGGGAAGUGCGGUAUUACAAGCUGCACUUAGCGCAAGAAUUAGAUAUAAGAGAAUUUGAAGUACCGCAUCCGCCUCGAACUAUUUCUACCGAAUGAUUGUACUUAGAGGUGUUGUAGUGGUGAAAGGCCAUCCACAUUAUGAAUAUUUUCUACCACACAAAAAUAUUCAUUGAGCUUUACAGCUUAAAGUGUGGAACAGUUACAGGUCUUAUCUUAAUAUUAUACAAGACUGAAGCAUGUUGUUCGUUUAUAUCACUCAAUUGUAAAAUGCCACAUCUAGGUGUUUAAAAUAUCAUUAGAGAAGAAUAAAUGAUUAUAAAAAAUUAAGUUAACUUAUUAAUAAAAUUAUAUUUGAAAAAAAUAAAUAAAUAUCUGGUACAGCUAACAUUACACAAUAUUAACUUGUGGGGAACCAACGCACAUUACAUAUGUUUUUGAGUAACCUCAAAUCAAAGCUAAAUGAUACUUAAAACAGUCUAUCGAAGGUAAGCAAUGAAAACCUCUUACAACAUUCUACUAAUACCACAUAACACCAUUCUUGGAGCUUUACACACAAAGAUAGAUUAGAAUAGUACUUGUACAU